UUGGCGUGCGCGUGGAGGUUCGGCGAAUAAUCGCGUAAAUAUUGUGUGCAUUGCAGCAAUACGGAAAAUUAACACGUCGGUUGCUGCGGAGGAAAGCUGGGAUAGGGUGGUAUCCACGUGUGUGGCGUGUGUCGCAUAACCUGUGCGGCAAGAGUGCAACGAACUGAGGAGUCCAAGUUUGAAAAUUAUAAACAACACGCAGCCACCAAAAACAGCUCAGCAACGAUGGAUAAGCAGUACGUGCUGAAGAACAACAUGAAAAAUGGUUCGGUACGGGUGCAGAUCGUACCGUCGCAGCCGAAGACGCUCUCCCAUCUGCCGACCCGACCACCCGUUGAUCUGGCCUUCCACAAUCUUACGUACCGGGUCAAGGAAGGACGCCGCAACAAUGUGAAGACCAUCCUGAAAGAGGUCAGCGGCAAGCUACGCUCGGGAGAGCUGACCGCCAUCAUGGGACCGUCCGGUGCUGGCAAGAGUACGCUGCUAAAUAUCCUUUCCGGCUACAAGACAACAAACAUCGAUGGUUCGAUAACGAUGAACGGAAAGGAACGCAACCUAAGCCAGUUCCGUAAACUAUCCGCCUACAUCAUGCAGGACAAUCAGCUGCACGCCAACUUGACGGUGGAGGAAGCGAUGAACGUGGCGGCUAGUCUGAAGCUGAGCCAAAAGGUGGAGAAGAGUGAGAAGCAGCAUGUGAUCAAGGAAAUUUUGGAAACACUCGGCCUGGAGGAACAUCGCCCGACAUUGACGCGGAACCUAUCCGGCGGUCAACAGAAGCGUCUCUCGAUCGCGCUGGAGCUCGUAAACAAUCCGCCGAUCAUGUUCUUCGACGAACCAACGUCGGGACUGGACAGUUCGACCUGUUUCCAGUGCGUGAGCUUGCUAAAGUUCUUGGCCCGCGGUGGUCGUACCAUCAUCUGCACCAUCCAUCAACCGUCGGCCCGUUUGUUCGAGAUGUUCGAUCAGCUGUACACGUUGGCCGAUGGUCAGUGUGUGUAUCAGGGUAGUACGCGACAGUUGGUCCCGUUCCUGGGUACGCUCGAUCUGGAGUGUCCCUCGUAUCACAAUCCGGCCAGCUACGUUAUUGAGGUGUCGUGCGGUGAGCAUGGUGAUCAUACGCGCAAGCUUGUCAACGCAAUCGAGAAUGGCAAGAAGGAUAUUCGCAGCGAGCUGGAUUUCCCGGCACAGAAGAACAAGAAGAACGAAAAUGCGGCCAACGGCAAUGCGAACCUGAAGGUCAACUACGAGCGCAUGAAUGGUGGUGCGAACAAGUACGCGGACAAUUUGAACCUCGGUGGAAACGGUCUGCUCCCACCGUCCAUGGUGAACGAUAUUGCGAAAGAGACGGAAACGAUCAAAAUCGCCGUCGAACCGGACCGGGAACCGGAGGUUAACAGUGCGCUGCUACCGGUCGAGGGUGCGGCUGACAUUGACCACUCGCCUGAACGCUAUCCAACCUCGGAGUUCCACCAAUUUUGGGUUGUGUUGAAGCGGACGUUGCUUUUCAGCAGACGUGAUUGGACUCUCAUGUACUUGCGUUUGUUUGCUCACAUUCUGGUUGGGUUCCUGAUCGGCACACUGUACUACGAUAUUGGUAACGAUGGUGCGAAGGUGCUCAGUAAUCUGGGAUUCCUGUUCUUCAACAUGCUGUUCCUGAUGUACACGUCCAUGACAAUUACGAUUCUUUCAUUCCCUCUGGAGAUGCCGGUACUGUUAAAGGAGAACUUUAAUAGAUGGUAUUCAUUACGGUCGUAUUAUCUCGCUAUCACUGUCUCGGACAUACCAUUCCAGACAAUCUUCUGUGUGUUUUACGUCUCGAUCGUCUAUUACUUCACGUCUCAACCGCUUGAAUGGUUCCGCUUUGCAAUGUUCCUUGGCUCGUGUCUGCUGAUCUCGUUCGUGGCACAGAGUGUUGGUCUGGUUGUCGGUGCUGCCAUGAACGUCCAGAACGGUGUGUUCCUUGCCCCAGUUAUGUCCGUACCAUUCCUGCUGUUCUCCGGCUUCUUCGUAUCCUUCGACGCCAUUCCAAUCUAUCUACGGUGGAUCACCUACCUUUCCUACAUUCGUUACGGUUUCGAGGGAACGGCGCUGGCCACCUACUCGUACGGUCGCGAAAAGCUCAAGUGCCACCAGGUGUACUGUCACUUCAAGUCACCCACGACCACGCUGGAAGAGCUGGACAUGUUGGAUGCCAACUUUACGCUCGAUAUUGUUGCACUGAUCGUCAUCUUCAUUGUGCUGCGAGUUGCCGCCUUCCUGUUCCUACGCUGGAAGUUGAAGACCACCAGAUAAAUCGCGUGAUGCUUUUUAUUAAAGUUUAAAUUUAUCGUGGAGAGCUUUAGUGUGCAUGCGCUAUGGUAUUGCGCGCUAUCAUCAUCUUCCAAAUCCACCCGAUACCAUCGUAGCGUAAGCCAAAGUAGAGUUAAAUGUUUUCAAGUUCUUCUUCUACUGUACCAAAAAACACAGAUGAGUGAAAUAGGAAAAGAUAAGGUCUGUGUGAUGCAGUCCAUUGGUUUUUAAUCAGAUUAUCCUUGCCUUGAUCGUAAAUUGAACAAAUAACGGAACAUAUCAAAACAAUCGAACAUUGACCGAAGCUCGAGCUCGAUUCGAAUCGCAGAAAUAUUUGCCACAAGAUUUGCCUUCUACCUUUAUUGGGUGUCUUAUAGGCUAACUUUAUGGCGUUCUACACCGUGCCCUUAUACUAUCUCUGUGUCAUUCAAAAAGGGCAGCUUUCGAAGCUGUUCUGUCUAUCCAGUUUUCAAUGCAGUUGAACUAUUUUGCUGAACGAAUUUUACGAUAAGGCUCAAGCGCACCGUAACCGUGCAUUACAUUAGAUGUUAAUGGAACGGGGUUUCUUUUAAUAACCGAUAUUUGCUUCAAGAUGUGUACACGUAAGAAAAAUGUGGUUGUAAAACAAAAGAAGACGAGAGUAGGAAAAAAAUCAGACUAAAUGUGAUAACAUUUUAAACAAGAAAGCAAUGACAUGAUCAAUCAACAUAAUAUUGUAACAAGUGCAAUUAGUUAGUGCUGCGGAAGUGAGAAGCGAAUGUGGAUUGACCAAUUGUAAAUGGAAUAAACAGGAUUCAAGUGGUUUUUUUGAAAAU